ACCGCAGCAGGAAAGAGUCCAGGAGCCAAGGUUGCCGCAGCGUCUCCGUCAGCCUCGCCAUGAACCUGGAGCCGCCCAAGGCUGAGUUCCGGUCGGCCACCAGGGUGGUCGGAGGACCUGUCACCCCCAGGAAAGGGCCCCCCAAAUUUAAACAGCGACAAACCAGGCAGUUCAAGAGCAAGCCCCCCAAGAAGGGCGUCCAAGGGUUUGGGGACGACAUCCCUGGAAUGGAAGGCCUGGGAACAGACAUCACGGUCAUCUGCCCUUGGGAGGCCUUCAACCACCUGGAGCUCCACGAGCUGGCCCAAUAUGGCAUCAUCUAGAUGAGGGUCCCAGAUCCUCCCCACCACUGCCUGCUGUGCUCUGAACCCUGCUCAGGAUUCCUGUUGAGGAGACCCCUCACUAGCCCAGGUGGCACCUGGACACCGGGGUGGGGCUGCGACCUCAGGUCCCUCCCUACAUAUUAGUACCAGUCACCAGUAGCCCACCACCUCCCUCCAGGACGCCCGCUCAGGGGCUGUCAUCCCAAGACACUGGCCCCCUCUCAGUCCUGACAGAGAGGGUUGGCGAGUCUCUGCUCCUAGGGAGAAGGGCAGGUGGCCGCAACCCAGGAGCCUGCUGGACCCAGAUCAUCCCCUCCUCACAGCUGGAAAGCUGGGGCAGGGUCUCCCCAGAGUGCUCCAUACCCCAGCCCCCCCUCCUGCCUGUCUGGGGUGCAGAGAAGCUCCCCCUCUCUGGAGCCCUUCCCAGGUGGGUGCCCUUGGUUUGGACCUGCUGAGUAGCAGGAGUCCAGGGUGUGUCUGGUGAGCAGAUGAGGCCCCAGGCUCAUCGCACCAGGAGGCCAUCCUUCUCAACACAGCCCACCCAUGCCGUCCCUAUUUCAAAAUAAAAUGAGUGUGCCCUCGC